AUCCAGAUUCUUUGUCCGAAACUUACGAUAGGCCUAUACAUGUAUGUGGCUAUUUUAAGAACAGGUCUCUUAUCAGUGACGUAUACGAUGCUUAUCUCAGAUCGUGCUUAAAAAUUGAAAGUGACACGAAAUAAGGACAAUGUAUGUCUCUAUCUUGCUGUGUUGUUAAUGUACAUAUCAACUAAUUAACUUUGUUUAAACAAGGUAAAUUGCAAGAUGGCUACCGGUGGGUGGAUAAAUACGGAUAUGCUUUCUGAUGAAACAUUUGAUGUACUAUGUACAAUCUGCAAAAACUCCGAAGGUGUAAAAUUCUGUGUGGACUGCCAAGAUUAUUUCUGUAUAAAUUGUGUCCAAGUUCAUAGUAAAGUGCCUGUGUGUGCUAGUCACAAUAUGUUGGACAAAUCUCUAGUUACAUCAGGAAUCAUUAAAGGUCAGCCGAGGGCACCAGAAGAGAGAUGUGGCAAACACAGUCAUAAACACAUUGAUAUGUACUGUCAGAACCAUGAUAAUGUUGGCUGUUCUACAUGUAUGGCAGUUGAUCACAGGUCAUGCCCGGAUACUGUCUACAUUCCAGAAUUUAUCCAAAAUAACACUUACCAAUCAGCCUCAACAGAAAUUCAAACAAAACUAAAGGAAAUAUCCAAGACCCUUGCAGAACAAGUGACCAAAUUCAAACAAGAUAAACAAUGGCUGCUGAAAAGAAAGGCAGAGUUACUGGCUGAUAUCAGAAAAUUUCGACAAAGAAUUAAUGACCAACUUGACAAUUUGGAGAAAAAUUCUAUAGAUGAGGUAGCAUAUAAGGUUAAACACCUUCAAGACAAGAUUGAAGACAAUCUCCAAAAACUACAAGAUACUAAGGCCAAGGUUGCCUCAGCUAAUGAAAAAUUAGCAUCUCCAAACACAAAUCAAGCUGAAGUGUUUGUUCAUGUAAAGAUUGGGGAAGAUGCAGCAUAUGUUGCUGAUGAAUGUACAGCAGAUAACAAAAGCAAGAGUACUGGAUAUGACAUAGAGUUUCAACCUGAUAAAACAAUUCUUACAUUGCUAGAACGAUAUAAAGCGAUUGGCACAGUAACAGAGUUAGCUCCAAAGACUCCAUGCACUUUAUUUCAGAUUAUAGGGAAACAAUCAUAUUGUGUUACAGCUAAACCUGAUGAAGAAGACAGUAACUUCAGAAGUGUAUGCAGCCUAAAUGAUGGUACAAUAAUUCUAGCUGAUUACAACAAAAACAAGCUAAACCGGUUCCACAGUAACAACUAUACUGUCAUAGACUACCCUCUACCUGGAGCACCAUGGCAAGUGUGUUCAAUUAAUUCAACACAAGCAGCAGUAACUUUACCAUCACAGAAAGAAGUUCAUUUCAUUUCCGUUGAAGGACAAAUGAAAACAACAAAGAAGAUUUAUACUGAUUAUGAAUGUUAUGGUCUUGCAUACAAAAACAAGAAUUUGUAUAUAUCAGACUAUUACUUAGAAGUCUAUAUUUAUUCUUUGUCUGGAAGGAAGCGAGCACAGAUAAGAAUAAAGCAACCACUACCACUAUUCUCUUAUUCCAGAAACAUACUAGCUGUCAGUAAAGAUGCGACAAAGUUUUAUUUUGCUGGCAGUCAACUUGGACCGAUAUAUCCAUUGUUUCUAAACACAGGUAUAUCAAGAUUUAAUGAUGGAAAAAUAAAUAAGGCUACUUAUUGUUAUGUCACUGAAGUAGGUAGUGUACUGGUAUCUGGAUAUCACUCUAAUAAUGUGCUACAGUUUACAUCUGAUGGUAAGUUGCUGGGAGAGGUCAUACAAGCUGAUAGUGGAACAGGGGAAAUUGUUUCAGUUUGUUGUAAUAAACAAAUGACUAAAAUAUAUGUAAGCAGAUUUGGAAAAAACUACAUUGAAGUGUAUGAUAUGGGAUCGGCUUGAUAAUUAAUGUCUGGAAACCAACAUCUGAAUAAAAUGGUACUGAAUUCAACAUCUACAAAUAUUAAAUGUGAAAUUAACAAGACUGCAUUUGUGAUCUGCAAAUAUCCCCACAUUGUAAAGCACUAACAAUAGCAAGAACAAAAGCAGUUCAUCAUUUGCUUGUAUAUAUUAUUAAUAAAUUAUGUUACAAUAUUGGAUCAAUGUCAAAUUAAACCUUAGAUAAAUAGUUUGGCAAUAUGAAAUGUAAAACACAAUUAUCAUAUAAUAUUUAUAUGUAUUUAUCAUCGGUUAAAGUAAUUAAAUGUAGCUAGUUUUAGUGAGUUGUCACUAUCAGCUUUUAAAGGUUGAAGCAUCAAUUUCUGAACAGAUUAUCCAUGCAUGUAAACUAAUUAAAGUCAUUGUAACGAUUUUUUCUUUAUUCAAAGUCUUUGCAUUGUGGAGAAAUGACAAAUUUUACAUUUCCAAGCCACCCACCUGUUUUGUUUAUUUUUUAAUUUUGUUCGAUGUUCAUUUUUAAUUAUCAAAAGAUAAAGAAAUAUUUAUCAUUCAUUUACAUGUAAAUGAUUUGUUGAUGAUUUUGCAGUUGAUGUUAUGAUGAGGACUUUACACAAAAUAUGUUAUUUUGUUUCAUCUCCCUUAUGUUUAUUUCCCCUUCAGCAAUCUGUUGUUUUUUUAAGCUCAAUUAACCCAUUACCGGAUAUACAUGCCUUUUAACGCCUUUUUCACCCGUCCCCUAUUUGUUGUCUCAAAUGGUGAAAAAAUGCCUUAUUUAGGCCCCCAACACUUGUUUUUGUUUGAGAAAUGUUGC